AUGCCGUACAACUUUAACUUUGUGUCGUGGAAUUAUCGUGGCGGAUUGUCUUUUGCUCGUAAGUGUAGAUUUAUUCGUUCUUUGGUCUUAAAUCAAAAUCUAUCUCUAUUGGGUUUAAUUGAGACGAAGAAAGAACAUUUUGACGAUUUUAGUGUUCGGAUUCUAUGGCCUAAUCUGGACUUUGAGUUUUGUUUUGUUCCUUCCGUAGGUGCCUCGGGCGGUUUGCUUUGUAUCUGGAACCCGAUUAUGAUCUCCCCCACAUGUACUUUUUUAGCUAAUAGAUGGAUUAGCUUAGACUUCAUUUGGUCUAGUUUUAAUAUUAGAUUUUUCUUGGUUUAUGCGAGUAAUAUUUCCAGGGAUCGGGCUUUACUUUGGGAUGAACUGCUUCCUGAAUUCACAUCAGAUGCUCAUUGCAUUAUUGCUGGGGAUUUCAAUGAGAUUUUGACACCUUCGGAAAGACUAAAUUGCAGCAGUAUUAUGAGAUCAAAGCUGGAUAGAUGCUUCUUGUCUCCGGAUUUCUUCACCUUAUGGCCGAGAAUGCAAUUGAAAGCUCUUCCAAGGUCUUUUUCUGAUCAUGUUCCCAUCCUUUUUAAUUCGGAUUUAAUUGUGGAUUGGCGUCCAAAGCCUUUUAAAUCAAUCAAUUCUUGGUGGAGUCACAAGGAUUUUUAUGAUUUCGUGUCUAAUACUUGGUCAUCUAUUGAGAAUAGGCUGCCUUUAGCUGACUUUGUGAUCAAACUUAGGGAGCUCAGGAACGCAAUUAAAACCUAG